UACAGUGGCAAUCUGCGGCCGCCGCCAUUCACCAAUCUACUCUUGCAGAGUAAAUUUGUGAAGUACUGAUCUACUUAUUUACACUUUUUUGUAAUCGUUUUACACAAUUAUGACAGCUGUUACUAAAGGAAUAUUUAUUGUAGCCGCAAAGCGUACACCUUUUGGAAAAUUUGGUGGAUCAUUUGUUAAUAAAAACAUAACUGAAUUGUCAGUAGUUGCUUCUAAUGCUGCAUUGCAAUCAGCCAACUUGAAACCUGAAAAUAUUGAUAGCGUAGUUUUUGGCAAUGUUUUACCUCUGUCAUCAUCUGAUGGGGCAUUUAUGCCCAGGCACGUGCUAUUGAAAGCAGGUAUUCCUAUUGAUAAACCAGCUCUGGGUGUCAAUCGACUAUGUGGUUCUGGUUUUCAAGCUGUUGUCAGCGGUGCUCAGAGCAUCACAACAAAAGAAGCCCAUAUCGUUUUAACAGGAGGUGCUGAAAAUAUGAGUCAAAUGCCAUUUGUAGUAAGAAAUACUCGCUUUGGAACUGCACUUGGUCAAAAAUAUGAAUAUGAAGAUUCUCUUUGGUUAGGAUUAAUGGACACUCAUUGUGGUUUACCCAUGGGUUUGACUGCAGAAAAGUUAGGAGAUCAGUUUAAAGUAACCAGAGAAGAAGUAGAUAACUUUGCAUUGCGAAGCCAACAUGCAUGGAAAGCUGCUCAUGACAAUGGCUACUUCAAGGCUGAAUUAGCACCAGUAAUCAUUAAAUCUAAAAAACGUGAAGUAUCAGUUGAGAUCGAUGAACAUCCUAGACCUCAAACGACUAUUGAUGACCUCAAAAAAUUACCUUCUAUCUUCAAAAAGGAUGGUUUAGUAACUGCUGGAACAGCAUCGGGAGUAUGUGAUGGAGCUGCGGCCGUUAUAUUGGCAAGUGAAGAAGCUGUUAAAGCUCAUGGCUUGAAACCCUUAGCUCGUUUGGUAGGAUACAGUGCUGUUGGAGUUGAUCCAACAAUCAUGGGAAUUGGACCAUCUCCAGCAAUUAAGAAUUUAUUGAAAGCUACUAACAAGUCUUUGAAUGAUAUGGAAUUAGUAGAGAUCAAUGAAGCUUUUGGUGCUCAAACUCUUGCCUGUGCCAAAGAUUUGAAUUUAGAUUUGAAUAAAUUGAAUGUCAAUGGAGGCGCUAUUGCUUUGGGACAUCCAUUAGGAGCAUCUGGAUCCAGAAUUACAGCCCACUUAGUCCAUGAAUUAAGACGAAGAAAUGCUGGUAAAUUUGCCAUUGGUUCGGCUUGCAUCGGCGGUGGUCAAGGAAUCGCUGUGAUGGUUGAAGCUCUUUAAAAACUGUCACACAUAAAUUACUUAUAACCAUUUUUUGAUAAUAUUGUUUGAAGCUUUAGAUUUAUACACGAGAAAUCGGAUUUUUUAAAUAUGUAUAAUGCAAAACAGAAAAUAAUGUGAUAACUUAUAGAGAUGAGAAUAUUUUUACAACAUAAUGUCGUUUUAUUAUCACAGGAUAUAAACUUUGUGCAAGUUA